GUUUAAGUCUGUCACUGCCUCAUGGCCCGCUAACGUGCAUCCACCAUCCACGCUUCAUGGCUACUUUUAUUGAUCAAUGGCUUCCUUCCAGCCUACCCGAAGUCUGCAGGAUUUGGCCCCCCCGCCCAUGUGUGACCACCACAUGGAUGUCCUGCAGAUUUUCGGGGCUUAUCUUCUCUCUGACGGGCCCCUUAUACCGCCCCAGCGUUGAGUUUGCUUGAAAAGUUUGGGGGCGAAGGCCUAAUCAACAAUGCGUUCUGACAGGAUGCGAAGUUACGGUCUUAUAUACGCCCCUCUCCUCGUCAGACGAGCGCAAUGUCCUUGAGAGGCAUCGUUGUAUCGGCCUCCCGAUGUGUCACCCUUCCCUUUACACGGGUGCGUUUUAUCAGUGCCCGCAGCCGGCAUCAUGGGCUCGAUUACAGAGGCAAUAGGAAAGCGCACAGCAGAAUUGUCUCAUGAUGGAAGGGAUGUAGCCAUCACCUUGGCUGUGUGUCUUUUCCUUGCAACGCUCACCACAGGUCUCCGCUUCUGGUUGUCCAGAAGACGAAGGCCGUUAUUCUCCAUGCCAGAAUCCAUGAUGCUCGCGUCUCUGCUCUUAUUCUACUCCUACGCCGUGGCGACCUUCUUGAUUCUGACAAUCGGGCACGGUGGCUACCCAACGUCUCAGACACGGAGCUGGAGGCUUACUUUCACACUCAAGUGUGUCUACUAUCUUCGGUUGGCUUACGCCACAGGACUGGGCUUGGUGAAAUGCAGUAUCUUAAUGGCCCUGUUCCGAUCCCUCGCUGCUUCAUCCAAGGCCGCUCGACAUGCGAUCUUGGUCAUCAUGGCGGUCUGCAUUUCCUGGAGCCUUGGGGCUACCCUCAUAAGCCUCUUGAACUGUCGCCCAUUGAGCUACAACUGGAACCUGCAACAUUCUGAUGGCCACUGCAUCAAUCGAAAUGCUGCCUUUAUGGCAGUGAGCAUCAUUGACGUUGUGACAAAUGCGGCAAUUUUAAUUUUGCCGCUGCCUAGAAUUAUAAGAACAAAGAUUACCCGACCGGAGAAACUAGUAAUGAUCAGUCUUCUGAUUUUGGGGUUAUUUGUUGUUGCCAUUACUGCGGUCCGCACAGUAACCAUCGCCAGAACGGACUUUUCUGCCAUUAACGACCAUGGCAAGAUGAUCAGCAUUUGGACAACGGUGGAGUGGACGGUGGCGCUUAUGAUAGCCAAUUCUCCUGUGCUAUGGCCUUUACUCGACUGGCUCGCUCCUUUCCAUUCUAUGGAGAACGCCCCUGUGGACACCAAUAUGACUACAAGUGAGCAAUUUGACUACGUUAUUGUCGGUGGUGGUACAGCUGGCUGUGUCCUAGCCUCACGGCUGAAGCAAUACAACUCCUCUCUGUCGAUCUUGCUUAUCGAAGCUGGCCCUGAUGCCAGCAACCACCCCCUCGUACCAGACGGAAGUAAAGCCACUCAGUUACUUAAAUCAGAGCUUGAUUGGACAUACGAGACGGUGCCGCAGAAACAUCUUUCUGAUCGUGUACUCUCAAAUCACGCGGGGAAGGCUCUGGGUGGUAGUACCACAAUCAACAGUGGCGGAUGGAUGCGAGGUGCAAAAGAAGACUAUGACCUCUGGGCCAGCUUAGUCGGUGACUCUCGAUGGAGCUACCAAGGUCUCCUGCCUUAUUUCCGGAAGCUUGAGCAUCACUUUGAUCCUUCGGCCGACCCCGAAGUUCAUGGCUUUGAUGGCCCUAUCAGAACUGAGUCCGUUUUGUCUACAGGCCGCAGUCCUUAUGGGCUGGCUGAAGUUGUUGAGAAUCGCGAAAACGGAAUGCGACAAAUGUCGAGCUCCAUUUAUCUGCUAGAUGUGGAUAUCAUGACUGAAACUCUGGUCAAGCGAGUGCUAGUGGAGGAACGUGGGAGUCAAAAGGUUGCAAUAGGUGUAGUAUUGGAGGAUAAGGACGAAAGCCAGAUCAUGGCACGUCAAGAGGUUAUCAUUGCUGCGGGUGCAUAUCGUACCCCUCAGCUCAUGAUGCUGUCAGGUAUUGGUUCAGCGGAAGAAUUACGAGCACAUGGGAUCAAUGUUGUCCUUGAUCUUCCGGAUGUGGGCCGUCACUUUGCGGACCAUGUAGCAGUCUCGCAAUGGUGGCAGUUGAAGCACCCAGAGAAUGGGCUAGCAAUUGGAUCACCCGCAUUCACUGACCCAGCCUUCUUCCGAGGAAAUCCCAUUGACUUUGUGGCCUUAGAUUCAGUGCCUCUCGAUGCUCUUCGGCAAGCACUGGCCAAGGACGACCCCAAUUGCAACCCAGAUGAGCAUCCGCUUAUUACCUCCCAGCGCGUGCAUGUGGAAACCUUUACCGUCUAUGUGGCGCACAACGCUCAGGACCCUAGCAUCGCAGUAGACGGUACACAUAUUACGACAGGCGUGUCCUGUAUGCUUCCAACUUCUCGGGGAAGCAUCAAGUUAGCAGAUCGAGACGUCCGAAGCGCACCUCGCAUUGAUCCUAAUUACUGUGCUACCGAGGCUGAUCGAUAUGUCCUGCGUGAGGGACUUCGGAGAUUGCGAGAAGUCUUAUGCGAUACUCCAGCGGGACAGGAAAUGAUUGUUUCAGAAACAGUCGAAGAGAAAUAUCUACCCUUAGGUCCUGAUACGGAUGAUGAAGCUAUCGAUGAUCUCAUCCGUCGUCGAGCAGCGACACUGUACCAUCCUACGGGCGGUGCUUGCAUGGGCAAAGUGGUUGAUAGCGAUUUACGCGUCAAAGGAAUCGAAGGUUUGCGAGUUGUCGAUGCGAGCGUAAUUCCGACUCCAUUGAGCACACAUAUACAAGCGUGUGUGUAUGCGUUGGCUGAACAAGCUGCGGAUAUUAUCUCAGGUGUUUGUAGUGUCUAAUAACUGUUUUUGAUACAUAGCAGACGCGUGCUAUUACAGUAGU